AUGAAUACUUCAAUCGAAAACAUUGGAAUGGGGCCCGAUCAUAAAAUAGCAAGAGAAUGGAACAAGGAGAAUUCACAUAGACAGAUCCAUCUCCACCAACCAACAUUUACAAGUGGUGGAAUUAACAACGUGAAUAUAAGCGGAACCACCAACGGUGGAACUUUUGUUUCUGGAUUGUCCAAAAAAAUUAUACCCAAAAGAAGCCAGGAAGAGGACGAUGGUUCUGAAGCAAGAGCUUCCAAAAAAAAUCACCAAGACACUGGGGACAUACACAUUAUGCCACCACCACAUUCGAUAUUAGCUGAAUCUGUGGAAAUCAUUGAUGACUCAAAAAGUGAUACAGAAUCAAUUGACAUCAAACAAGGUGAAGAAGAAAUCAGGAGGCUUUCACUGGUAUUUUUGCUUUCACUAGUCUUCAUUGCUUUUUAUAUAUAA